AUGACUGAGACCUCUGAUGUGAGCUCUUUAUGUGAUUCUCUGACUCACUCUGUGGACUCAGAAGAUACUGUGAUUCUGAGUCCCUCUCCCCCUGAAAGGCAGAUGCCAUGGCCCUCUGUGUUUCCUAUUCCAACCUUUUCCAACAACACUGAGCUAGCUUUGAGGCAAGGCAAUGAAACUUAUCUCAGAGAUGGCACUCCACUAACAUCACCAGGUGUCAAAUCAGACAUCCUGGAGCAUCUGGCAGAGGUCAUGUUUUCCUACACAGCUUACCCCAAUGAUGCCCUAAGAUCUGCAGUAGCACAAGCCCUCAUAGAAAAGCAUCCUUGCUUGAAGGAACCUGGCUCUUUCAAUGGAACUUACAGAUGGCAGCAGAGCCUGAAAUAUAAAUGUGGGAACUAUCGUACAAAACGUAAAGCACUGGCAAGCCCUGAACUCUUGAUAAACUCAAUGAAACACAAGACUGAUGAAGAGAGAGUACCUGCUAAAAACAUCAAGAAACCAAAGAGGGCAGAGGUAAAUUUUCUGCCCCCACAUCCACCUGGUGAAACUGAUGACGCUCUUGAGACUGAUCGACUUGACCUUAUUGAAGCAAGCCAGAGAAGAGAUGAUGUCAAGAACAUAAACUACAUGAUGGCCAGGACAUACAGCUGGAGAAGAAUGGAGGUGGUUGCCCAGUCCCCAGGGGUGGCAGAGUUUAAAGAGAGAUGGCCCGCCCUCUUCGAACCAUUUCAGAUCAAUGAAGAGUUACGAAGAUGCACUGCUGUCUCACUGGAGCCAACCUUUAUGGCUCAGCAAGACAAAUACACUCCAAAGCUCCUAGAAUUGUUCAGUGCGAAGGGUGGAGCAGUUGGCCAGCGCAUCAAGAAGUUCUUAUUGGAACUGAUACAGGACCCAAGUGCCUCUGUGAUUAAGAAGAGAGAAGUGACUAUCAGAUGCCUCAUCGAGUAUAUGGGGGAGAGUGGACAGGAGCUCAUCUCUGACUUCAGUGUAAGUAGUGUUUGAAAGAAGGGUGCUUUGCUAGUAUGAUCAAUGUCAAAUGUCAAUGUCAAAAACAUACCUCUCAUUUUUGUAUGCAGAGUAUUUUUGUGUGUCAACUUUCUGUCGAUAUCAACAUGAGGUCAGGACUCUAUAACAAAUUAGUGGCCAGGCUACAGCACUGUUUCUACUCCUUGCUUUUUAAUCAUUGGACAGAGACCGAUGUCUAAAAUCUCAUGUCUGUCUGAGCUCUGCAGCGAGCUGGAGUCAGGGCUUGGUUUGAACAUUCUAAAAAAGACUGAACACAGGAGAAACAACUAUAAAAAGCUUUGAAAUGCCUAA